AGUGGUUCUUCCAUCAUGGCGGCGGAGGGCUGCGAUGAGAUGAGCGGUAACGGGAUGCCUGAGGAGACUUCAGCUAUGGAUGUCACUGAGGUGGCUCCACCACUGCCCCCACCGCCGCCGCCUCCUCCUCCUGAAGUCUCAGAAGAGAAUGGCGGCUCGACUGAUGCCCCUGAGGCUUCUGCAACCCCUGAAAACUGCUCCACAGCUCCAACAGCAACAAAUAAGGAAGGCGAACUACCUGCAGACUUUGAGCGUCUGUGGAAAGCUGCGCAUGACAAUCCUCAAGACUUCACCAGCUGGACCGAUCUGCUCCAGUACUCUGAGCAGGAGGGUCAUGUUGUAGCGUACCGUAGAGCACUGGAGGCCUUCCUCGUUCGGUAUCCACUCUGCUACGGCUACUGGAAGAAAUUUACAGACUUGGAGCGCCGUGCAGCGGACAACAACAAAGCAGAAGAGGUGUGUAUUCGUGGACUUCAAGUUAUUCCUUUGAGUGUAGAUCUUUGGAUCCACUACAUCAAUCUAUUGCUGGGAACAUUAGACAUGAACCUGCCUGACUCAGCUGUACGGAUUCGCAGUGUGUUCGAGAACGCCGUUGCUGCGUGCGGUUUGGAUUUCCAUUCAGAUCGUCUGUGGGUUCUCUACAUGGAGUGGGAAAAAGAGCACGGAAACCUGAGGAACGCCACGGCCGUCAUGGACAGAGUCCUCAGAGUUCCUACUCAGCGCUACAACACACACUACGAAAUGUUCAAAGAGCACCUGAACAGCCACCCGCCUAAAGACGUGCUCUCCUCUGACGAGUACGAGGAGCUGAGGACGCUCUGCCGGCAGAGCCAGAAGGCAGAGCGGGCUGAACAGUCUCAGGAGGAGGAGGAGGAAAGGCCGCCAGGAGAGGAAGAGCCCUCUACACCUGAUGGCGCAGACUCUGAGGAGCUGAUUCAAAAGAUAAGGGAGCAGGUGCUGCUCCGAAGGGACAAAGUUUACCAAGACAAUGAGGAAGAGGUCCGGAAGAGAUGGAACUAUGAAGAUGCUAUCAAGCGUCCUUAUUUCCACGUCAGGCCACUGGACCGCGUCCAGCUCCGAGCUUGGCACACCUACUUGGACUGGGAGAUCGCUGAGCUAAACAGGGACACCAGAGACCCCGCACAAGGCGACAACACGCAUGACCCUAACCAGGAAUCAACAGAGGAAUCUGAGGUUCCAACCCAGCGUCCGGAAGCAUCAGAUGAUUCUGCUACAGCCUUGCAGGGUGACCUCAGAGUCCGCAUUCUGUUUGAGCGCUGCCUGAUCGCAUGCGCGCUGUAUGAGGAGUUCUGGACCAGGUACAUUCAGUACCUGGAGCCGCAGAGUGUGGACGAGGCACGGGCCGUCUACAGGCGAGCCUGUGAGGUCCACCUCCCUAACAAACCUAAUAUCCAUAUGCAGUGGGCCACCUUUGAGGAGAGGCAUGGUAAUCUAACCGAGGCCCGGCGCAUACUGGAGGCCCUGGAGAAAUCAGUUCCUGGUCUGGCUGUUGUGCGGAUCCGCAGGGCAGCUUUAGAACGACGAGCAGGGCAGCUGGAGCAGUCGGAGGCUCUGCUGCGAGAGGCAGUGGCUGAAUCCAAAGAGAGGCCGACGCUGCACGCUUUCUACUCCAUCAAACUGGCCCGUCUGCUGCUUAAAGUGGUCCGAAACUCUGACGGCGCCCGCAAGGUUUUACAGGAAGCCCUGGAAAUAAGCCCGGAUAAUGAAAAGCUACACUUGAACCUGUUGGACCUGGAGUUGUCUGGGGACCCCUGGGCUUCAGCCGAGGCGGUGAACGAGUGUGUGACUCGAGCCCUGGAGGCUCCUCUCACCUCACAAACCAAGUUGCUUCUGUCACAGAGAGGCCUGCAGUUCACAGAGGAGUACAGCAACUCUGUUCAGAGCGUGCUGUCCGUCUAUGACGCGCAUCAGAAGCUGCUGGAUGAGCUGGGAGGAACAAAGAGGGAGGCAGAGAACAGGGACGAGGAUCCAGAGAAAAUAAGCAAAACAGACGACGGCUCUUCCACAGCUGCACAGACGGCAUCCAGCAUGUCCCAGGUGCCCAGUAGCACGGCGGUGGCGGGAACCGACACCAGCGCACAGGCCGGAUAUGGAGCAUACAGCAGCUGGUACCAGCAACCAGGCUACGGCAGCUACGGUAACUAUAGCAACUACGGCAGCUAUGGCUACCAGAACAACUGGAACUACAACCAGACCUACUAUCCGCCAAGUUAAACCAAACUAUUGCGUCUCUGGAAACAGCUGGAUGCUUCUGAAAGACAGACUUGAACUCAGACUUUCCCAGCAUCUCUCUGUGUGUCUUCAGCUCAGGGUCGGUGGAGGAAAAAACAACUCAUCUAAUGCUGUCUCUAAUGAGGAGGAGAAGGUGGGAAAGGGAAACCAUGGCAACCAUUAGUUGUAUAGUCACUCGAUUUUAAUUAAAAUUUUCAUAUUUGUUACCACA